AUGUGUGUCACACAAUUAAGGAACUUUAUUACAAAUUUCAUCCAAUUCCUCAUUGGUGUAGUCGGUAACACUCUAGUCUCUCACACUGGUACCCCGGGUUCGAUUCCCGGAUGGGGAGCUCUUUUCAAACUAAAUUAA